CUAUAAUAAGUGUAUAUAUGUCACAAACUUACAAGGACAAUAUUAUAGUUGUAACUGAACCACUCUUUCACGUGGCCUUAAUACAUUUUCUCACCUAUUUAACACAGAUUUAUUGCUUAUAAAUUCCUAUUCAGUUGCAGUUAACUAUACCAAGAAUCAUCAAUGGCAGAAAAGAAAUCUAAUAGUAGUGAAGAUGGAAGGUGGACUCUUCAAGGGAAAAAUGCCCUUGUUACUGGAGGCACUAAAGGCAUAGGGUCAAAACUAAGAAGGUUAGGAAGUCCACAGGUGGCCCAUUGCUAUAGGGAUCAAAAUGGAAUAGCAGAUGCUAUGGAAAAGAUGGGGUCACAGCUAGAUAUCCAAAUCAGUACCAGUCUUUUUGAAGUUCUGCCGAUGUGUGCGCAACAAACCCUGUGGGCAGACAUGGUGGGAAAUAUUUUUGCAAGAUCAGUUAAAUCAACAAACUUUUGUAAUCCAAACCCUGGUAGGGGAAAUGGACUCUCUUUUGUAUUAAAUCUAGACUGAUUGUAACGGGAUGGCCCUAAACAGUAUGUUUAUUUAAUUUCAAUGCAAUCUGUUUCACCAAAAAAAGUAAUUUCACUAUUAUACCCUUAAUUAAAUGUUAUGCCUCUUUCCAAA